AUGUCGGAAACGCGUCCUAGCGACAGCUGUAGGAUUUGUAAAUUCUCUUUUAAAGUGAAGUUUGGGAACGUCAGCGGUAAACAAUUUUACUCAUCGUCACAAAAUCUUUUCAAACCGUCACAGCGCAAAGAUUCCUUUGGAAUUGUGCUUGCGGACGUUUGCAAACAAGUAGGAUUGGUUUUGCUGGAAGAUUCACAAGAAUAUUCUGAUCGUGUAUGCAACCCCUGUGCGCGAAAAAUUCUAACUCUGGGUAAUUUGUUUGAGAUCGUAAAAACCGCAACGCUUCCAACAGUAUCUGGUACUAAACGUUCGCUUGCAACUCCUGAGAAGGCGAGUCCAUCAUGGAGAAAAGCGAAGCAAGUGCGGGUUAAUUCACCUGAAGUCGAAACGUCAUCUCGAAUGAGACAACCCAAGAAAUCGCGCAAGUCGCUGGCAUUUACCGGAGAAAGUGGUUCAAUGUCCACGCUGCCUGAAAAAGAAGAGGAAAUGUUGAGAAGACUUAACGUGGAUGACUUGCCGCAGACAGGACUUCAGGUAAAAGUUGUUUACCUAAAUCCUUCAGGGAAUGUUAUUGUAAGAAUUCCGCGAGACGAUCCAACCAAAACACUGGUGAAAAACGUGGCAUGUGAAAACUGGCGUGAAGUGUCCAAUGCGAUAUUACAGCACGCUGAACUUGCUCCUGAAUUAAGAAACAGCAUCCGCAAAGUUUUAUCCAAGGAAUUCAGUGAGUAUCUGAAGUCUGAAACAAUGCUAUGCGCAAGAAACCCAGACGAAAUAGCCGGUUUUUCGAACAAAUUGUUUAUGGAAGAGGUGCGAAUUUUCUGCCCUCUAUGGUAUAAUUGUGUUAUCGGGGCAAGUGGUGUCUCGACCCAGGUAGAUGUGAACUCUGUUGCUAAAGAUCACAAUUCACUUGCCCUUGCCACCGCUAUCCUGGCUCGUGUUAGGAAUCCUCAAGCGUCGGCCGUCCACUAUAGGAUCUCCACUAUAUUAUUCCAUAGCGGCGUAAAACAUGAUGACCUCAAUCGCCUCAAUCGUUUGGGUGUGUGCAUGUCUCCAGACUCCAUUAUUCGUCUUCAAAGCAAGAUGAAUGAACAGCUGGAAGGCAAAGUGAAGAUCUGGAAGGCUACAGUUGAAGAGAAUCGCGGCGCUCUCAAGUUAGCCCACGAGGUGGUCCAGAAACAAGUUUCCUUGCCACUGAAUGUCAGUCAACAGUGCCUGGAGACGUACGACUUUUUUUCGUCAAAAGGUUACGAGUAUUUGAUAAAGCUAUUGGAUGAGGAGAAAGCAAAAAAGAGUGUUGAAACAUACACUACAGCUUGUGUUCAUUCAGUCAUCAGAAGAUUGGAGAGUACCAAACUUCCCUUGUACAAGUGAGCAUAUAUAUUUUUUAAAGUCUGAAAUGUUUUAUUUUAGUUAGUUUUCAAGAUAUGUUCUUGAAUUAAACAGACCCUGAUUGUUGCUUUUCCCUUUUUCAGACGUAUAGAAUCUCACAGAUAAUAUAACAGUUUUAUAAACAAAUAAAUGGAAGCACUUUAGCUUUGUCAAUUAAGCCAUACGUCCCCAUUGGUUCAUUUUAUCGUACUAGUUUUCUUUAAUGUUUUGAAUUUGGAAAUUCCUACUGUUUGUUUUUUCUUUGUUCUCCAAAUAAAAAAGAUUGGUGGGGGACAACAUAGAUUAUGAAAUCCAUGCCAGAGUUCAGUCCCAAAAGCACCGUAAUCGCUCCAUCCACUGGACACACCAGUUUGCUGUUCUAGACCGGGUUCAAGAUCCUCAACUUGAAAGCCACUGCAGCCAAAAGUCUGUCAAUCAGAUCCAGUUUGCAGAACUCCUGCCUGAUGAAGAUGUCAUGGAAAACCUUGUCAAGAAUUGGGCUGUCAUUGUCAGUCGAGUGAUAACAAAGUAUUUACCACCUCUCCAGUCAUUUAGAGAUGCUGUAGUGAGACACAUACCACAUGAAUACUCCAAGGAGAUGUCUCAGAAAUCCAACUCUGUGGGUAGAAUUACAUGUUAUAUAGUAAUAAUAACAACACCUUUCAUGCCAUUUAAGACUUAUAUCAGAUUAUGAAUUGUGAUUACUUAAUAGUUAUUAUAAAUUACAAAUUAUUUUAAAGAGGAGUGAGAGUGGGGUGUUCCAUCCACUGCAUAUACCAGUCCAUCUUAUUAUUUUCAAAAUGUUGGCAAUGUUACUCUUUUUUUUUAAGUUUAAGUAGCCCUCCAUCCCCAAAACAUGUGCAAAAUCACAUAAAUGUUAUAUUAAAACCGCAUCAAUGUUCAUCAAUAGAAAAGAAUAACUCUAUUUGCUAUCAUUUUGGAUUAUAACUGGUUGUAAACAUUUCAACUUUUUAGUGCUUCCUUAGUAUGCAGUUUCUCAAUCCAAAUGUUUCUGGGGAGAUGGCCCAACUCCUACAGCACAAUCAAGAGAAGUAUGUGCCUUGCUUGUCUAAUGGGAACAACAAGACCAUUCUUGAACAGGUUUCUCUCCAUGGUGACCAGUUAUUUGAAGAACGGGCCAGGAAUGUUAUCUGGACGUAUAGGGAUGGCGUAAACGAAUAUGAGCGGCUUCAAGGCAUGGACACAGAGUUUGCAGACUGGCAUGCUAAAUACACUUUAUACAAGGUAACUAUAGCAUGGUUAGUCUGCAACUGUCUGCAGCAAAUCUAAAUUUAUGAAACUGGUUGUCUAUGUCAAAGGCAGUGUAAAUUGCCAUUCACUGUGUUAAUUACAAUGCAUUUUGGCCAAGACAUUGCCAGAAAAACUCCUAGUUCAAACAAAACAGAUAAGAAGGAGUUUCUCUGUACUCCUCCCCACCCCUAAAUAUGUAUGUCUCUCCCUCUCUCUCUCUCUUUUUUUCCAAUUUUGCUCGUAAAACAGACAGAAUUCAAGAUGUUUGUAAAUCACUCUUCUGCUGCUGAAAUUGGCACUACCAGAGCCAGCAUCAACAGGACUGGAAAGACAAACGCAGCAAAGGGGGUCGAGAAUCAUUACAAUGAAUAUAGUGAAUUUCAUGCCAGGGAGGUCGAGGCCCAUAUAUGUGCAUCAUUUAUGGAGAUGACAGAAAUGGAGAAAAUCAGUGGUAAGAGCACUUUUAACUGGGUUGUUGUUACUUUUUGACCAAAUGGAACCACUUUACUUCCAGCAUAUGAGGAGUAAGCAAAGGGCAAAUGGUUGAUCAUUAUUUUCAUGCAAUACUUUUAUUUAUUUUCACCCUUAAGUAUUAAUGUGCUCACAAUACCAUGGGUAGACAAUAAUGUAUAAUGAUGUAAGUCCAAAUAUUAAAUUAAUAAUAAUAAUAAUAUUAUUAUGGUGAUGAUGAUAACAGUAAUAUACAACAUGCACAAUUUCUAAUUGACUUUACAGUAAAGUUCAGGAAGCACUCUCCAAAUUCUAAGACAAUAGUAAGGUUACUAUAAAAGAUUUUUUUCUGCGCAUAGAUAAGCCAAGGAUACCAAUGCCAGAUAAAUCUCUGUCCAAGCAAACUAGAGCCAAGUGGUUAUUGGAAGUUUGUGAAGAAUAUGUUCAGAAAUUUGUCCUCAACAAAGACGAGUUGAUAUCACUGGUUGGUCAAACCACAGAGCUAGAGUCAGUUAACCUACAGUCUAGGUGGACAUGCCGUGUAGAUGAUUGCAAUGCGAGUUAUGCUUAUCACUCUGGGCGUGUAAGGUACAUACAGUUCAGCAAUUGCUUGAGAAUUCAGUCAUUGUGAGUCUUCUGCUAAACAAAUGUGUUAUCUGAGUGUAUAUCAAAACUACCAAUAAUAAUCAUCAAUAACAUAAUUAUGUGAACUAUGAAUUUGAACUCCACAGGCAUGAAGUUGAGGUACACAAUUUAUCUUUUGAUGAUGGCCAUGAUGACAGAGAUCAUUAUGGAUACUACUAUUGUAGGAUGCGUUGUGGGCUGGUGUUCAAGACCAAGGCUACAAGAAAAAGGUGCGAUUCAUUUGAUUUUUGACAUCAUGACUACCACAACUACCAAGGGUCGCUUUUAAUAUGUACAAAAAAGAAGCGUGAAAGUAUUAGUUCCUAUAAAAGAAUGAGAAAUUCACUGACCACCCCCUUCCCCCAAUACUUCUAAAAACCCAAAAGGGAGACAAGGAGUAAUGUUAGUGACAAGAUCAUUAUUAUUGCUUGUUGUGAUGAAGGUCUUCAAAGAAAAAUAUGACAUAAUGAAGACAAGAAGUCUUCCACAUACUUGAGUCCUGUUGGCCAUUUUAAGUUUAGGAUGAUACUUUUUUGGCAGUGGAUAAUAGCAACAUGUCUAUGACAUCCCUACACCCUAUCCAAGGGUUUUUUCAAAGCCAAUCCUAUAAAUUGAAGGAUGCUAAAUUAUGUGAAUAAAGAAACUAAUACCAUGAAUGACUUGUUUGCACCAACAGACAUGAAGAACAAAAACAUGGAGAAACCCUCCCAGAUGACAGCACCCCACAAGAAGAAAGGAAGGAAGACUACAAGUUUAAUUAUCAUAGUGCCAAGCUCACAUUUGGAUUAGUGUUGCUUGAAUUUAAUGAUGCCGUUAAAGAGGGCGAUGGUGCUAGGCUAUUUGACUUGUACAAACUAGCUUUGCUUCUCUACAAGACCUAUGGUCAUUACAAGUAUGCAUAUGCAGUUCUUUUGUAUUUGGUCAAGUGCACUGCAAUCCUUCCACCAUCUCAGGCAUUAAGGUUAAAGUGGAACAGGUUUUUUAAUGGCAGUGGCCUUCCCGGACGAAAUAUUCCACUUGACCUGCAGAAAGAACAUGACAAUAAAGAUAUCAAGUGUAUGUGGCGCAACUUAGGCGCAAACCUUGAUGAACAUAAUGCUGAAAGAACAGCAGGAACUUUGGAAUCAAGGCAACUUGUUUACAAGUCGGUUGACCGAGACUGCGAUCUGAAGGAACAACAUUUCUCGAGGGUAAACCCAAAAGAGGAGGAUGCUGUCAACCAAAUAAUCAAUGACCUACUGAGCAACAAGGUGUUUACCAAGACUCCAGGCCGUGAAGGGUACGAAACAUUCCCUGAAUUUAAAAGAGACCUUCUUCACGACCUUGACUACAGGGAUCUUCACAGAUGGUUAAGAGAGCAUAUUGAUUUGUGGGCAUCAGUAUACCAACAAGAACGUUAG